CUCUAUUAUUAUUUCGCUCUCCUCUCUCGUCUCGCUCUCCGGCGACGCUUCUCCUCCCUGGGUUCUCUCUGUCGUCGCUGGCGUCCGCCGCUGGAGUUUCGUUCCGGCGACUCGUGCUUGUUCUCCGCCGCCUUCUUGACCGGUUUGUCUUCUCCGUCACCGUCUGAUUCAGUUCUCCGUCGGUUCACACUUUCUCAUUCCAUUUCUCGUACGCUGGUGUCAAGAACAGCCACUGGAAAAAUCAUUAUUACCCCUUCGAAGUGCCGUUGCUUUUGCAGGAUUGAAGUAUAAUCCAGGAGAGGAAGAAAAAACACGACUAUAGCAAAUUGAUGAACCAAAACCAUGGAUGGCCUUCAUGGAAGCGACGCCCGAAUGCACAUGGGGGAUGCACAAGAUCCAAUGCAUGUGCAAUAUGAACAUCAUGGUUUGCACCACAUCAACAAUGGAAAUGGUAUGGUUGAUGAGCAUGCUGAUGGUGGUGCCACCGGUGAGAUGAAUGAAGGAGUGGAAACAGACAUUCCUUCUCACCCUGGAAAUUUAUCAGAUAGUCGUGGUGAAGUGGUUGACCGUGGGACUGAAAAUGGAGAUCAGUUGACAUUGUCUUUUCAGGGCCAAGUUUAUGUCUUCGACAGUGUCUCGGCUGAGAAGGUCCAAGCUGUGCUUCUAUUGUUGGGAGGCCGUGAAGUACCACAGGCAGUUUCUACAGCCCUAGGAUCAACAACACCUCAGAACAAUAGGGCAUUGGUUCUAUCUGGAACUCCUCAAAGGUUUAGUGUCCCGCAACGGCUAGCCUCUUUAGUGAGAUUCCGAGAGAAACGAAAAGGCAGGAACUUCGAUAAGAAAAUUCGGUACACAGUUCGUAAGGAGGUUGCCUUGAGGAUGCAACGUAAUAAAGGUCAGUUCACAUCUGCCAAGUCGAGCAAUGAUGAUUCUGCAUCAGCCGGAUCAAGCUGGGGGUCAAAUCACACCUGGGGCGCAGAAGGGAGUGACUCUCAGACUCAAGAGAUUUCGUGUCGACACUGUGGAAUCAGUGAGAAGUCUACUCCAAUGAUGCGACGAGGACCUGAAGGACCAAGAACACUCUGUAAUGCAUGUGGACUAAUGUGGGCAAACAAGGGGACUCUCAGAGACUUAUCCAAAGCCACACCUCCAGCAGCACAAAAUAUGCUUGUAAUUAGGAAUGAGGACGAAAAUCUCGAGGCCGAUCAAAUGGUGAGAGUUGCGGGUAACAUUAGCAACUCGUCAUGACUACAGAAAUAUGACCAACGAUGUAUCAGGUGUGGUUUAAUUUUCCUGAUUAUCUUUAUGAGGAAAUCUAGGUUUAGCUUCGGCUUUAUGGGAACGAAUUCUGAUGAUGGAACCUUCGGACUCUUCGGUUUAUUAUGUUGUAUGAGGAUGCUCUGCUUAGGCCGUCGUUACAAAAGGUUCACACUCUUGGUUGUAAUCUGCAGUCAGUAUAGACUUACUUAUCUUUCCCUGCGAUAACACUUACUUUAGUGCCGUUAUGAAAUCUGUUCCAACUCCUUUUGCUUAUUUUAUAUUGCCAUAAGCAUUUGGUGAUUUGGCUU